AUGUCUACCAAUCCCGCUGACGCAGUCUCGGUAGCCGCUUGCAUUGCAUGCGUAGCUUUUAUCGUGCUAUUUCAGUACCUUGUAUCAGCUCGAUUGUCGACCGAAACUCAUAAUGGUAUCGCGAGACGUGGAGAUUUACAUCUACAGCGAAAAGUACAACAUAUGGGCACUGGUGCUAUGAUCUAUGUGGCUUCAAGAUAUUUUGGGCGAAGGGCGGGAUGUCUGGUACUUUUAUUAUUUGCUGCACUUUUCUAUGGACUGCACAAACUGAGAGGGUGCAACAAGGCGAUUGAUACGGCGUACAUCAAGUGUUUUCGCAAUAUAUUGCGACAAUACGAAGUAUCGAGAACCGUGCUGCCUGGUGCAUAUUACUUUCUAUUAGGAUCAGGCUUAUCCCUGCGAUUAUUUUCAUUUCGAGUCGCACGUCUUGCUAUACUUCACUUAUCGGUAGGCGACCCAGCUGCUGCGUUCUUUGGGACAUUAUACGGUCGACACAAGUUCGUCAAAUAUAUUGGAAAACUAGGUGGCAAGAAGUCAGUGGAAGGCUCAAUUGGCGGUGGCAUUUUAGCAUUUGCGAGCACAAUUUCGCUGGCAGCAGGAACUGCCGCAGCAGCUGCAGAGCUACUGGAUAUUGGAGGUUGGGACGACAAUAUUACUUUACCACUACUAUCAGGUGUAUUCUUACAAGUCACUGUUGGCAACUUGCUGAAUUAA